UUAGAGGUCAGAAACUGAGACCGACUCCUCCGUUUACCGUUUCUUUACGGUUCUGCUGUUGCAUCCCGGGACAAUGUGACCCUGCACGGAUCACCUUCAUUAGCUGGUUGGAAACCGUUACGAAAGUUUUGUUCGGUCGACGUGCACGGUUGAACGUUUCAAGAGAAGUGUCCACAUAGCGUCCCCUGCUGCGUUAUAGCUACCCAUUUAGACGGCUGCGGCUUGCCACAGCAGCGGGAGUCCCUACACCGCAUCAUCAAGUGUCGCCUACCUCUCCCUCCCCGGCAGCUCCAUCGAGCCAUGCGACAGUGGUGCCUCCCGGCUGCGGCACCGCGAACCGAGCCUCUGCCCACAGGGCGCCUCUCACCCCCGCUGUCAGAUGUGAGGAUGGAGUGUUGUGAGGUGGAGCCACGCUAUACCAUCGAGCAGAUCGACCUCCUUCAGCGUCUCCGUCUCUCAGGGAUGACCAAGCCACAGAUCAUCCAGGCUUUAGCAUCCCUAGAGCGGCUAGAUCCCGACCAUCGCCCCCCGUACUGCAAUGACACCCACACCGCCAACCCCACAACCAACACUACCCCUACCACAGCCUCCGCCCCAGCCCCCUCCUCCUCAUCCUCCUCCUCUUCCUCCCUCUCCUUGGCCUCCGUCACCACGCAGACACCCGGGCUGGAUGGCGCCUCCCUGUCGCCUAGCAACAGCUAUGAAACCUCGCCCCCGCCGCUGUACCCCCCGGCAGUCGGAGUUCAGAGGUCAUUCAGCUAUGACAUCAUGGCGGAGGAGGACUGGGACCUGGAGGAGAAGGUAGAGGAGUACAUGAGGAGGGACAGUAACCUGGUGAAGGAAGAAAUCAAAACCUUCCUCAACAACCGCAGGAUCUCCCAGGCCAUCGUGGGACAGGUCACAGGUAUCAGUCAGAGUUACAUCUCCCAGUGGUUGCUGCAGCAGGGCUUGGAGAUGAGCGACUCCAAACGCAGAUCUUUCUACCGUUGGUACCUGCUAGAGAAGAACAACCCAGGGCUGAGGUGGAGUGAAAGCCAGCAUGGCCCGGCGGGUCUGGGCCUGGGGCUCAGUGGUCUCGGCCAGGGGCUGGGCCAAAACCUGGGCUCUGGACCCAGGGCAGCCAGGGGAGGGGACAGAGACGUCACGGCGACGGGCAACGCCGCCACGGCCACUACAGCCGCGACCGCCUCCACCACCUGGGGCAGGCAGAGAGAACUGCUGAUGCACCUGCUGCCAUGGUACACUGCAGCCUCCUCACAGCCAGGUGCUACCCUGUCGAUGCGCUCCCUGGUGAAGGAGGAGCCUGAUUGGAGGAUGGGGGUCAGCCCCGGGGAGAGGGGCGGGAUGGUUGGCGGUCCUCUUAGGCUGCGGAGGGGAAGCAGGUUCACCUGGAGGAAGGAGUGCCAGUCCAUCAUGGAGAGUUUCUUCAUGGAGAACCAGUACCCUGACGAGGCAAAGAGAGAGGAGAUCGCUAACGCCUGCAACUCAGUCAUCCAGAAACCCGGAGGCAAGCUGUCUGAGUUUGAGCGUGUCACGGCUCUGAAGGUGUACAACUGGUUCGCCAACCGCCGGAAGGAGAUGAAGAGGCGGGCUAAUAUAGAGGCGGCCAUCUUGGAGAGUCAUGGUAUCGAGGUUCGCAGCCCGAGCUGUCACUCCAACGGGGAGGAGCUGGAGCCACAUGACUACGCAGAGCAAGUGAAUCAACGAUUCUCAGAGCAGGAAGAGAUUUCAUCCAGGAAGGACCUUGAUCAACAAGACCCCUCCUCAUUGGCUGCCGUCAAUGUCCUUCCCCCUCCUAGCCCCGCCCCUCAGGUCCUGGAACACAAAGCUGACGAAUCGAAAAGGGAGACUGUGGAUGAGGAGUGACCAAUGGGAGAAGAACGUCACUAAAGUGUGGAUUUUUACAUAUAUAAGGGAUUUUUUUUAAAGAAAAGAAAAAUGACUGCUCUGAGUGUCUGUCCUCCUAGAGGUCUUCAGGGGUUAUGACUGCUCUGAGUAUCUGUCCUCCUAGAGGUCUUCAGGGGUUAUGACUGCUCUGAGUAUCUGUCCUCCUAGAGGUCUUCAGGGGUUAUGACUGCUCUGAGUAUCUGUCCUCCUAGAGGUCUUCAGGGGUUAUGACUGCUCUGAGUGUCUGUCCUCCUAGAGGUCUUCAGGGUUAUGACUGCUCUGAGUAUCUGUCCUCCUAGAGGUCUUCAGGGGUUAUGACUGCUCUGAGUGUCUGUCCUCCUAGAGGUCUUCAGGGGUUAUGACUGCUCUUGAGUAUCUGUCCUAGAGGUCUUCAGGGGUUAUGACUGCUCUGAGUAUCUGUCCUCCUAGAGGUCUUCAGGGGUUAUGACUGCUCUGAGUGUCUGUCCUCCUAGAGGUCUUCAGGGGUUAUGACUGCUCUGAGUAUCUGUCCUAGAGGUCUUCAGGGGUUAUGACUGCUCUGAGUAUCUGUCCUCCUAGAGGUCUUCAGGGGUUAUGACUGCUCUGAGUGUCUGUCCUCCUAGAGGUCUUCAGGGGUUAAGACUGCUCUGAGUAUCUGUUCCCCUGGAGGUCUUCAGGGGUUAUGACAGUCAGAGUUAAUAGUGGAAAGGGUGCUACAGGUCGCUCUGGUGCCUCUAGUGGUAGGGAGGCCACUGUAUGUAUACAGUAAUCAUGCUUUAUAGUAAUGGCAAUAUUUAUCUCUCUCUAUAUAUAUAUAUAGUGCAUUCCAAGACUGUCUUAAACUAAAAAAAAAAACUCCUUAGAAGGAAGAGGGUUUUACCG